AUGGCUGCAGGAACGGCCUUGCAGGACCGCCUGGAGAUAUGGGCACAAAGGUUGAGCAACCUGACUGUCUCGCCAUUGACCCGCGAUUAUCCCGAUACACAAAAGCCCGAGAGCAAGAGAGCUAUUGAAGCUUUCGAGUCUCUCCAGCUCCCCAAGGAGACCCAAUUGCAGAUUCAAAAGUUUGCAGGGCCCUCUUUUACCGUUUUCCUGACUGCCUUUGUGGUUCUGGUCGCUCGAUUGACCGGUGAUGAGGACAUUGCAGUGGGGACAAGCUCUGAUGAGGAUGGCCGUCCAUUCGUCAUCCGGGUCCCCAUUGAUACCUCGGAGACCUUUUCCCAGCUCUAUGCCAAAGUAGACAAGGCAUUCCAAGAGGGUUCUUCCCAAAUCGUGCCCUUGGGCAGCCUUCGCUCGUAUAUCCAAGAGAAGUCCAAGUCCGAACGCACUCCGGUCCUUUUCCGAUUCGCUGCAUACGAUGCCCCUGCUGCCUCACAGGAUUACCCUGCGAACACCUUCGAUGAUACUGAUUUGGUGGUCAAUGUUGCAUCAGCAAAGAAGUCGGAGACGGGGAUGGAAUUGGGUGCAUACUACAAUCAGCGCCUCUUUUCGAGCGCCCGCAUUGCCUUCAUUUUGAAGCAACUCUCGGCCAUUGCCAGCAAUGCUGCUGCUAACCCAGAGGAGGCCAUCGGACGCAUCGAUCUGAUGACCGAAGAUCAGCGCGCACUGUUGCCUGACCCGACGUCCGAUCUGAACUGGUCUAAGUUCCGCGGUGCUAUCCACGACAUCUUCUCUGCCAAUGCUGAAAAUCACCCCGACAAGCUGUGUGUGGUUGAAACUGAAUCGAACAACACCCCGCACCGUGAGUUCACCUACCGUCAGAUCAACGAAGCUUCGAACAUUCUCGGCCACCAUCUGGUGCAGUCUGGAAUUCAACAAGGAGAGGUCGUUAUGGUCUAUGCCUACCGUGGUGUGGAUUUGGUGGUUGCUGUGAUGGGUAUUCUGAAGGCCGGUGCGACUUUCUCCGUCAUCGAUCCUGCCUAUCCCCCGGAACGCCAGAACAUCUACCUUGACGUUGCUCGCCCUCGUGCCUUGGUGAACAUUGCCAAGGCCACAAGAGAUUCGGGAGAACUUUCGGAUAUUGUGCGUACUUUCAUCAACGAGAACCUGGAACUCCGCACUGAGAUCCCUGCGCUUGCCCUGCUCGACGAUGGGACCCUCGUUGGUGGAUCUGUCAAUGGCCAGGAUGUCUUCGUCAAUGAAGUCGCACUGAAGUCCAAGCCCACUGGCGUCGUCGUUGGUCCAGAUUCCACUCCUACAUUGUCUUUCACUUCCGGCUCAGAGGGCCGACCGAAGGGCGUUCGUGGCCGGCAUUUCUCCCUGGCUUAUUACUUCCCCUGGAUGUCUAAGACUUUCAAGCUCACUCCAGACGACAAGUUCACUAUGCUGAGCGGCAUUGCUCACGACCCUAUUCAAAGAGAUAUCUUCACCCCGUUGUUCUUGGGUGCUCGACUUUUGGUCCCCGCUCGGGAGGAUAUUCAGAACGAGAAGCUUGCCGAAUGGAUGAAGACUCACGGUGCCACUGUCACUCACCUUACUCCUGCUAUGGGUCAGAUUCUUGUCGGUGGUGCCUCUGCUCAAUUCCCCUCUCUUCACCAUGCGUUCUUCGUGGGUGACAUCUUGAUCAAGCGGGAUUGCCGCUCACUCCAGGGACUUGCGCCUAACGUGAAUAUUGUCAACAUGUACGGAACCACUGAGACCCAGCGCGCUGUCAGCUACUUCGAAAUCCCCAGCUACGCCAGUCACGAGGGCUACCUGGAUACUAUGAAGGAUGUGAUUCCUGCUGGCCGUGGAAUGGUGGAUGUGCAAAUGCUUGUUGUCAACCGUUAUGACCCUACCCGCCUCUGUGCCAUUGGCGAGGUCGGCGAGAUUUACGUUCGUGCGGCUGGUCUUGCAGAGGGCUACCUGGGUUCCCCCGAGUUGAGCGCGAAGAAAUUCCUUGCCAACUGGUUUGUUAAGCCCGAAGUCUGGACCGAAAAGGAUAAGGCCGAAUCUCAAGGCAAGGACGAGCCUUGGCGUCAAUUCUACGUCGGACCGCGGGAUCGUCUGUACCGCAGUGGCGAUCUGGGUCGGUAUACACCAUCUGGCGAUGUUGAAUGCUCUGGCCGCGCCGACGACCAAGUGAAGAUCCGUGGUUUCCGUAUUGAGCUCGGAGAAAUUGAUACUCAUCUCUCCCGGCACCCUCUGGUCCGUGAGAACGUGACCCUCGUGCGAAGAGAUAAGGACGAAGAACCUACCUUGGUCAGCUACUUCGUACCCGAUAUGAACAAGUGGGCUGCCUGGCUGGAGAGCAAGGGCCUCCAGGAUGAUGACUCUGCUGAGGGCAUGGUCGGCCUCUUGCGGCGAUUCCGUCCUCUCCGCGACGAUGCCCGUGAGCAUCUCCGGAGCAAGCUCCCUACAUACGCAGUGCCGACUGUCAUUAUUCCUCUCAAGCGCAUGCCUCUGAACCCCAACGGAAAGAUUGAUAAGCCUGCACUUCCUUUCCCCGAUACCGCGGAGCUGAGCGCUGCCGCACCCCGCCGCCGCUCAUCUGCUAUGCAGGCUCUCUCCGAGACUGAGCAAACCCUUGCUCAAGUCUGGGCCAAGCUCAUUCCCAAUGUGACAUCUCGCAUGAUCGGGCCGGAUGACUCUUUCUUCGAUCUUGGCGGCCACAGUAUUCUUGCACAGCAAAUGUUCUUCGAGCUCCGUCGCAAAUGGCGUGGCAUUGAUAUUAGUAUGAAUGCUAUUUUCCGUAGUCCGUCCCUCAAGGGCUUCGCUAGUGAGAUUGAUCGCUUGUUGGCUCUAGAGUCAUUCGCAACAAGUGACGACAAGACCGUUGCCGGAGCCGUCCAGGCCUCCAAUGAACCGGAUGACGAAUACUCGAAAGAUGCCGUCCAGCUUGUCAAUGAGCUACCUGAGAGCUUCCCUGAGCGUACCGAGGCUAUGCUCACCACUGAGCCUACAGUGUUCCUUACCGGAGCCACUGGCUUCCUAGGCGCACACAUCCUGCGGGAUCUGCUUACCCGCAAGGCGCCUUCGGCCAAGGUAGUGGCUCUUGUUCGGGCUAAGUCCGAGGAGCAGGCACUUGAGCGUCUUCGCUCCACUUGCCGCGCAUACGGUUUCUGGGAUGAAACAUGGACCUCCAAUCUGCAAGCCCUCUGUGGUGACCUUGGAAAGCCCCAAUUCGGUCUUUCCCAGCAAGCGUGGGAGGAUCUCACCAACCGUGUCGAUGCUGUGGUUCACAACGGAGCCCUUGUCCACUGGGUCUACCCCUAUGCUACCCUCCGACCAGCUAAUGUUAUGGGCACCAUUGAUGCCCUGAAGCUUUGUGCUAGCGGAAAGGCCAAGCAGUUCUCCUUCGUCAGUUCCACCAGUGCUCUGGAUAAGGACCACUACGUUCAAGAGUCCGAACGUAUCAUCGCCGCUGGUGGCAAUGGUAUCAGUGAAGAUGAUGAUAUGGAGGGCAGCAGGGUUGGCCUUGGUACGGGUUACGGUCAGAGCAAGUGGGCUGGAGAAUACCUCGUCAAGGAGGCCGGUCGCAGAGGCCUCAGGGGUACCAUCGUCCGCUCAGGAUAUGUCCUGGGUGAUUCCACCACUGGAACUACCAACACCGAUGACUUCCUUAUCCGUAUGCUCAAGGGUUGCAUCCAGGUCUCGGCUCGGCCUAAUAUUAACAACACCGUCAAUAUGGUGCCGGUUGACCACGUUGCCCGCAUUGUUAUUGCCUCUGCUUUCCACCCGCCGAGCAAGGGUGUCAACGUCGCUCAUGUCACCGGCCACCCUCGCCUGCGCUUCAACCAGUUCCUUGGCGCUCUAGAGCUCUAUGGAUACAAUGUUCCUCAGGUUGAUUACGUGCCCUGGUCUAAUCUCCUGGAGCAGUACGUCAAUGAUGGCGAGCAUAACGAUAAGGAGUCUCAGCAUGCUCUCAUGCCACUCUACCACUUUGUCACAUCAGACCUUCCCUCCAACACCAAGGCUCCGGAGUUGGAUGAUGUGAACGCAGCCGCGGCCUUGCGGGCUGAUGCCGCCUGGUCCGGCGUUGAUGUAUCCGCCGGUGCUGGCGUAACCGAGGAACUAGUUGGUCUAUAUGCCUCAUACCUGGUGCAAACUGGUUUCCUCCCUGCACCAACCAUCUCUGGAGCUCGUCCGCUGCCCGCUGCCCAGAUCAGCGAGGAACAGAAGAAGACCCUAUUGAGUGUCGGUGGCCGUGGUGGUGCCGCUUAA